UGAUUUAAUUUUAGAUACUUAUCGUGUCCACUCUUACUAUUUGCAUAUGAUGUGUGUGUGUGUGUGUGUGUGUGUGUAUACGACAGAGAGAGAGAGGGAGAGAGAGAGAGAGAAUUAUGUGCCUAUUAUGUAUCUUGCCCAAGAUCAACCACUAGUCAGGAUCAGCUGAAGCCACUACAAACAGAACAAAUAAAUCCAAUAAAAAGGCAUCUUAGGAUGAACUAUGAAAUAUGUAGAAUUCAUGCUUGCUAUCUUACAAGGAAUUAUUUGCAUAUGAAAUCUCAUGGACAUGAAAUUGCAAAUGUGAUUUAUAAGCAAAGGGGGAAAAAAAACAGUUUAAACCCUAGAGCUCUGCUGGAUUUCUGACUGGUUUAUAGGCUUAACUUAGCAAUUCAAAAUGUGACUGUAUAUGUUUAGAGAAUAUUAAUUCCUCAACAAGUUGUGGCAUUCAACAUGCUGUUCUUCACUUUUUCAGCCUAUAUUUUUUCUCAUCUAACUUUUUCCAGAAAUGUUAUUCCUCUUUCUGUCUCACUGUCACCUUUUAGUCUGUCUUGUAAGAAUGUAACAUUGGCAGCCAAAUGGACCUAGAACAGAAAAAAAAAGAGAAGAAAACAGAUUUAAGGCGUUCAGAUUUUCAAAAAAAAUCUGAAAAUUCUUCUGUAUCUUUUUUAAGUUUGAUUUGUCCUAAAAGCAGUGAGUAUCCUUAUGGAAUAAUCAGAAAAAACUUGUCUGUGGAUGAGGGGCCCUUUACUAUGUGUUCUCCAGGGAUGCUCUGUUUGGGGGUCAGCGCUUGGUGUGAGUCUGCAGAGAGAAGGGCAGUCAGGUCAGUCCCAACUUGGGGCAAGCACAAAGAUGUGGAACCAUUUUUGUUCACUUUGCAUUCCUCUCAAGAACACAGAUUCCCAGUUCAAGGAGAGACUUGACACUGUGUGCCUUGCCAAGCAGAACUUCCAAGGAUAGAGGGUUCCUAACAAAUGCUGUUCAAAGUAACUUGCUAUAGAUCUUCCUGUCAUUACCUAAAUAACAUCAUCAUGCAUCUUAACAACAUCUAGCAAUCACUUAAGGCUUUGAGAGCUUGCAACAAGAAUCAACUAAAUAAAUUAUAAAUAUACAAUUAAAGAUUGAACUUACAGGCAGGGAUAUUUGCUAUACAGACUUCUCUUCCUUUCUAAUGCGGUUCACAUUCCCCAGACAUUGAAGUGUUCUCAGGGCUUAUUCUCUAUUCAUUAAAAUGUGUUCACAUGAGAGCAGUGUGAUAUUGCUAACUGACCCUCCACAGAGUAUUGGUUCACCUACUUGGAGGCUUUUAAUUAAAAAGAUAAAUAAGCAAAAGAACCUAAAAAGCAAAUAAAUGAAAUGCCUUGAUUUAAUAGGCAAUCAACUAGUGUUUACUGAAUCUUACUUGACACUCUUCUCUCUCACUAAGAAUUCCUUCAUUAACCAGUCUGGAUAAGUGAAAUUAUAGAUCUUUCUAUGCCAAAUUAACUGACUCACACAAGGUGCAAACAUCAUGCCUUGGUGAUGCCCACCAACAAUGAAAAGCAUGUAGACUGAGUUUUGAAAUACAAAAGCUAAGUUUGUCCUCACUUCCUCCUCUCACCCCAGAAGAUCUUGUCUUUCUUAAUAUUUAACAGAAAUCAAAUAAUAAGGAGGCUACUUUGAAGUUAUUUGGGUCCUUGGGGUCUACAUGAGGGCCAAAUCUUACUUCUCAUUCAAUGUAUUUAAUCAGCUGUUAUCCAUGAAAGCUACAUAUUUUCUUAUCCUAUUUUUGACUUGGUUUUAUGAUUCAGCCCAUGAAACCCGUAAGAUCCCAGAACUUUCUCCUUUCCCUUUCUUGAUUUCGUUACCACUGAUUGUAGGGCAAGUCUAAAAAAAUAUAAUAGGUUAAAAGAAUGGAAGAUCCAUGUGAACAAUACAUUAUUUCAAUUUUUACUCUUUUGGAUUGCCUGUUAUAUCCUUCCCCUGAUUGUCACAAAUAAUUGAAAAGUAAAACAGAUCCCUCAUUAUUGAGUAGGUCAACUCAUCUAGUGUUGGCUACCACCUGGUCCACCAUUUUUCAUAGUAAAGUUUCUGGAAAAAUGAGACUUUACAGACUACUGUCUUUCUUUUGACAGAUUGUUUUCUUCUUCCUCCCUCUCUUUUGCCAAUACAGUUUUGACGAAGUUCCUUCCAGACCUUUUGGCCUCAAAUACUUUGGAAUUGUUCCAUUAACAACCCUGCAAUUUGGAAUUGCGGUCCUGAAAGAAACUAAAACUACAACUGAAACUUUCAGACAAUGUCUUACUGAAAACAGAGGAAGUAAAAGUAAAGUAAGACGUGUGUUUAAAAAGAAAGAAAGGCUGAAGUUCUGAGCAAUAUCUUUUCAGAAAAGAGUGGAUAUAAAGGACAUAGCAAUAUCCAGAAUGGCUCCAGACGUGAUGGAUGUGGAUGGCAAGGUAUUAGACUCAAAUGAAGGUUCUAGGAGAAAAUCCAUGCUGGCAGGCAGAACUCAAGCUCUCACAGUUAUGGAAAAACUGGUAAACAGGGAGUUCCAGACCCCAGCCCACCCAAACCACUGGUGAAGCAGCAAAGAGGCAGAAGCAAAGAGGUCUGACUUGAAAUGGCAACCUGGGUUACCAGCAUCCUGAAGAUGUUACCCAAAUUGUUCGAGUCCCGCAGCAACCUGGAAUAUGGCUUGGUGACCCUGCUAACCGCAGGCGGAGAGAGCAUCUUCACCACUGCAGUAUUCCAGUGCCCCUGCCACCCCACCUGGAACCUGCCCUACGGCAUGGUCUUCCUGCUGGUCCCCGCGCUGGCGCUUUUCCUCCUGGGCUUCAUGCUGAACACACGCACCUGGCGCCUGAUGACCGGCUGCUGCAGGCGGAACCGCAGCCAGUCGUGCACCUGUGGGUUCCAGAGAUUGAAGGUGUUCCUGAGGAUCAGCGCCAUUGCCUUGGUACCCCCCCUCACCUGGGUCGCUGUGGGGCUGCUUGGGGGCACUUUCUACGAAUGCUUCGCCAGCGGGAUCCCCUCCUUAGCUCUACGCAUGUGCCUGGGCAGAAAAGACAACUGCUCCACAUUGAUGCCCAAGUUGCCCUGUCUGUGGGACCAAGAGCAGGACCUGCAGGACCUCCUGAAGGAGCUCAAAGCCCAAUCGCAGGUGGCUGGCUGGAUCCUGAUAGCUGUGGUUAUCAUCAGUCUAAUGAUUGGUACAUCUAUACACUAUUGCAGAUCUCCAGUUAGUUUUAGGCAGUUGAAAUUUAGGAACAUCUAUGUGAUUGAGGAGAAGAAGAGCCUUAGACAAGAAUCCAGAGAGAUUGCAACUGAAUUGGCAAAUGAGAAUGUUAAAUGUUUCUUUGAAGGCUCACGUCCACAUCACAACAGUCCAAGUGCUGAAGACUGGCAGCAGAUUUCAUCACUCUAUACUUUCAAUUCAAAGGAGCCAUACUUCAGCACGUUGCACAAAUAUGUUAACACGAGAAAGAAGGGCGAAGUGGCUUCUACUUUUAAUGUUGUGGAGGCACAAGUUUAAGACAACACUGUAUGACCUUAAGAAUGAAUGGGGAAAAUGUUCUUCUGCAUUUCAUUUGAAAAACAUUGUUUUGUUGAUGACUGCUCUUUUUUUUUUUAAG